AUGCAGCAGACUUCGGCCGACGACAGCUUUGCCCAUCUUAGCCGUCUGUCGCAAAAGGCAGGAGUGCAAGCAACCUUGAUUCUCUCUCGCGAAACCGGUGCUAUCGUUCGAUCUUCUGGACUGGUAUCGCGCGACGAGUCCUCGAAUGCAGAGAGUACACUGCCCGCCUCCAAUGGCUUGGCCGAUGAUCGGAAUGAUGGCGCCAUGCCCAACGCUGAGCACGUCGCUGAAGUUGUUUGGAAAUUCGCAAAGGCCGCCGGCGACAUGUUGGGAGAACUUUCAAACUUGCCCGACGACGAUGUGAGAUUGCUCAGGUUGCGCUCAAAGAACAAGGAAUAUGUCAUCUUUCCAGAUGCCAAGUUUAUCGCCGUCGCUAUCCACAACACUCCACCAGCAUGA